AUGGAAAAUCUGAAAAGAAGAAGGCUUGAUGUGAAGGACAAGUGCAUUUUCUGUAAAGACAAUGUGGAGGAUAUGCAACAUGCCCUACUACAUUGUCCUAGUAUUCAAGCUCACUGGUCUAAGUAUCUGCCUAUGGGUUUUUGGUUUAGAAGGAACAAGAUGAUGCAUGAGAAGGUUUGCAUGGAUCCUGCCCAGGUGACUGAUUUUGUGUUUUCAAUGAAGAAGGUGCCUCAUAACAGAAGACAAAUCCCAACCCCCAAGCAGCAGCCAAGCCAUCAAUGGCUUCCACCACCUGUAGGCUCCUGCAAACUCAAUGUAGAUGGUGCUAAGUUCAAUGAUCAAAAGAAGGCUGGGGUAAGGAUUAUUCUUAGAGAUUUCAGUGGGGAUGUUGUGCUGGCAACUAGCAAAAGGGAAGAAGAAGUCGCUGAUCCAUCCACUGUUGAAAUCCUUGCUAUGUUUAGGGGGUUGCAGAUAUGUGCUAAUAUGGGAAUUCAAAACCUCAUCCUUGAGAAUGAUUGUUUAAUGAUGAUAUCUAAGCUACAAACAAAUAGUGAUUCUUUUGUCCAUCAACGAGUGUUAGUGCAGGAGACUAGAAGACUAAUGCAACUAUUCCAAAAUUGUAGUGCUCAACAUGUCAAUCAUCUUGGUAAUGAGGUUGCUCAUAGGCUAGUUAAACAUGCGUGGAAUGUUGAAGAAAGUUGGUGA